GGACGACAGGGGACGGAUGGAACUUUAUUCCCAUUAGUCAGAAAAAAAAAUUGGGGGGAAGUGGGCGGUUGUUUACUUGAGUGGUGGUGUCCGUUGGGGGAAACCAGGGCUUUAGCCAAUGGGGAUUGAACUGUUGGGUAUAUAAAGAGACUUCACCAAAAGUUAUAUCUCAACGCUUUGAGUUACUCAAACCCAACAUGACUGGUCGUGGCAAAGGAGGUAAAGGUCUUGGCAAAGGUGGCGCUAAACGUCAUCGUAAAGUUUUGCGUGACAACAUCCAGGGUAUCACUAAACCUGCUAUCCGUCGUCUUGCCCGUCGUGGUGGUGUCAAGCGAAUUUCUGGUUUGAUCUACGAAGAGACACGUGGUGUUUUGAAGGUGUUCCUUGAAAAUGUCAUUCGUGACGCUGUGACAUACACGGAACACGCCAAGAGAAAGACGGUGACGGCUAUGGAUGUCGUAUACGCGCUGAAACGCCAAGGACGCACUUUAUACGGUUUUGGCGGUUAAAUCUCGUUUGUUUCGGUCUGACCUAAAUACAACCGGCCCUUCUCAGGGCCAUCAAAA